GACGCCACGGGCAGCCGGCGGUGUAUAAUUCGCGCGGCCGCGGCGCGCUGACCUGCGGGAUCGGUGGUCAGCAGAGCGGGAUGGGGGAGGCUCCGGAUACGGCGGCGCCGCUACUCGUGCGGAUGGAGGACGGCGCGGACGCGCUGCUCGUGCGGGUGGAGGACGGCGCCGAAGCCGACUGGAGCUCCAGGCCGCAUCGCAUUGCGCUCUUCGUCGAGCCCUCGCCCUUCGCCUACAUCUCCGGGUACAAGAACCGGUUCCAGAACUUCAUCAAGCAUCUGCGGGAGAUGGGCGACGAGGUCCUGGUCGUCACCACGCACAAAGGAGCUCCCGAGGAGUUCCAUGGAGCAAAGGUCGUUGGGUCGUGGAGCUUUCCAUGCCCAUUGUACCAAAACGUUCCGCUCUCGCUGGCCUUGAGCCCCAGAAUAUAUUCCGAGGUCAGAAAGUUCAAGCCGGACAUAAUUCAUGCUACUUCACCAGGAAUUAUGGUCUUCGGCGCUCUUGCCAUCGCGAAGAUGAUUUCAGUCCCAAUGGUGAUGUCUUAUCACACACAUCUUCCGGCGUAUUUACCAGGAUAUAAUUUAAAUUGGUUGCUUGGGCCCACGUGGUGUCUUAUACGAUGCCUCCACAGGUCUGCAGAUCUUACUCUAGUUCCUUCAGUAGCUAUUGCCGAGGACUUUGAAACUGCUAAGGUAGUAUCAGCAAGCAGAGUACGGCUUUGGAACAAGGGCGUUGAUUCUGAAAGCUUCCAUCCUAAAUUUCGUAGUCAUGUAAUGCGCGCCAAGUUGAGUGGUGGUGAAUCAGAAAAACCAUUGGUAAUACAUGUCGGCCGUUUUGGGCGCGAAAAGAAUUUGGAUUUUCUGAAGAGGGUCAUGGAAAAGCUCCCUGGAGUAAGGAUUGCUUUCGUUGGAGAUGGACCGUACAGGGCUGAGCUGGAAAAAAUGUUCGCAGGCCUGCCUGCAGUUUUUACCGGAAUGCUCCAAGGCGAGGAGCUCUCACAAGCGUACGCCAGCGGGGAUGUAUUUGUAAUGCCUUCAGAGUCUGAGACCCUUGGCCAGGUAGUGCUGGAGUCUAUGGCGUCUGGAGUUCCAGUUGUCGCUGCUCGCGCGGGAGGCAUACCCGAUAUAAUACCCAAGGACAAGGAAGGCAAGACCAGCUUCCUGUUCACACCUGGGGAUCUAGACGAGUGUGUGAGGAAAAUCCAACAGCUCCUCUCAUCAAAUGACCUCAGGGAGUCCGUUGGAAGGGCUGCCAGGGAGGAGAUGGAGAACUGCGACUGGAGAACGGCCUCAAAGGCGAUACGCAACGAGCACUACAGCACGGCGACGUCCUACUGGCGGAAGAAGACAGGCAGAACUAGCUAGGCUGCGCUUGUCUGUCCAGGCAUUCCGUUCGCUGCCCUGUCAACAUGGUUACUGUUUAUACAACCAUAGAUUUGUACAUUGUAACCAGCAGCUUGCGUGUUUGCGUGGCUAGCUGCAUUCAUAUGUAUACAGUGACCGAUCGCUUGUAUGCAAUUCCUGUACAUUACAAAGCUCUUUGAAAAUAGCAAUUUCAGUUUAUUGUUA